AUGCCUGACGACAGCCCUCGAAGACGAUUAGAGCGCUUCCAGUCCGAUGAGACCCCAAUCCUGCAGUCCCUUCCAACCGCCGCCAUCCGCGCCGUGAAAAGCGCCGGCAGCAGCGCCGACCGCAGACGCGGAGGCGCCACCAAGGUGGAAGGCGCUUCCGCCGCCGCUGCUGGCUUCCCCUCCUCCGCCUUCCCCCGCGUGUUCGAGUCGGGGGCAAGGGCUCGUGCGGCUUCCCCGACACGCGCGCAGACCGCGGACGAGUGCGUGGCGGACCUGGCGGAGUUUCCCGCACUCAGCGCGCGCAGUGGUUCCGCCACCGUGCGGAAGUUGGCGUGCCUGGCGCACAACUACCUGCGCCCGUGGAUGGGGAUUCCGGGCGUCACCGCGGGGAUGGGCGCGCGGGAAUGA